CCAGCAAUUCUCCAUGACAAAAAUAUUUGCGCAUAACGUCUCCAGGACUACUCCGUUACUUUUCUAGUAUUUUUCCAGGAUUUCUCCAGGAAUGUUCCUGGAAUUCUCCAGGAUUCUCCAGCACUACUCACGGAUAUCCCCAUGACCACCCCAUGAACACGAUAGAACCUUACCUAACCUAACCUGACCUAACCUUACCUAACCUAACCUUAUCUAACCUAACGCAAAACGCAUCCCAGCAUAGGAUCAAACCCACCACCGCUUAAGGACUUCCAAAUACCCUUCCAGGAUUUCUCCAGCAAUUCUCCAUGACAAAAAUAUUUGCGCAUAACGUCUCCAGGACUACUCCGUCUCUUAGGAUGGGCCAAGUAUCACACCCAACGAAGACAAUCAUCCUAUCACGUCCUUCGACGGCAAAUAGUUUCCACAGUUGCUACUGCGUCGUUCAAAAACCCAUUUCCAUGCAUGAUAUGAACUGUAAUGAUUUUGAUAGCCUGCGCGUUAAACAACUGCUGAACGUCGUAAGGGCUCCGAAGUUCUGAGCCAAUUAGCGCGUUAUCGUAUUAGCGCCAGGUAAGUAUCCUAUUUGCAACGGGGACAUUCUGGAGAGCGAAGUGGAUGUUCGUCAGUGGUGCUCCAUUCUUGUCCUGUAUUCGAGGCGCCAAGAUGUUUAAGCGCACACCAUUACUGGGCUACGCCGUGGCCAUAGCAACAUCAACAUGGCUGUUAAGAUGCACGCAAGGGGCCAGAUACGUGAAUCAAGAAGCUACAAUGCCAGCUGAAACGAGCUUGUCUCUUCGUGAUAUUCUGCCCACAAACGUAAAACACUACGAUAAGAACAGAGCCCCGAAAUUCCAAGGAAAACCCACAAUAGUGUAUUUCCACGUCACUGUACUGUCAAUUGAUUCUAUAGAUGAGGAGUCGAUGACGUACGUCGCUGACAUCUUCCUGGCGCAGAGUUGGCGAGAUGCGAGACUCAGACUGCCAGAGUACAUGAGCGAGGACUAUCGAAUUUUGGAUGUGGACUGGCUUCAUAACAUCUGGAGGCCCGACUGCUUCUUCAAGAACGCCAAGAAAGUGACGUUCCACGAGAUGAGCAUCCCCAACCAUUACCUGUGGCUGUACCAUGACAAGACUCUUUUAUAUAUGUCGAAGUAAGUAUCGAGGACUGAACGUAUCAUCAGAGCAGACAGCAUCUGACCACAGGAGACGGAAUUCGUUUCUUUUUUGAUGGAAGGAUCCUUGUCACAUACAGUGGACGACUUGGUAUUCAUAUGGAACGUCACUGAUCCCCUAGUUGUGAACCCAGACAUCGAACUUCCGCAACUCGACAUUUCUAACAAUUACACUGCAGACUGCACAAUUGAAUAUUCUACAGGUAAUUUUACUUGUCUAGCUGUGGUUUUCAACUUGAGGCGAAGACUAGGGUACCACUUGUUCCACACUUACAUCCCAUCUGCUCUGAUCGUGGUCAUGUCUUGGAUCUCGUUCUGGAUCAAACCCGAGGCUAUUCCAGCUCGGGUCACCCUCGGCGUUACUUCACUCCUAACACUUGCAACACAAAACACACAGUCUCAGCAGUUACUUCCACCAGUAUCCUACGUGAAAGCCAUCGACGUGUGGAUGUCAUCUUGCUCUGUGUUCGUUUUCCUGUCCCUAAUGGAGUUCGCUGUCGUAAACAAUUACAUGGGUCCAGUGGCAACCAAAGCUAUGAAAGGCUAUUCAGAGGACGAUAUAACAAAUGCUGUAGAAGACUUCAAGGACGAGGGACCCACAGUUCGAAGCCCCAUCAGGUCGCUGUCUGUGACCCCACAGUACGCUACUUUCUGCAACGGACGCCAGACGGCGUUGUACAUCGAUAAAAUAUCUCGAUUCUUCUUCCCAUUCUCCUUCCUUAUUUUAAACGUCGUGUAUUGGUCAUCCUUCCUAUAAGCACAACUACUGUUAACUAUUGAAAUUAGUAUGUGAACUUCAUCCAAUAAUAUCUCGUGGUAAAUGGUAAAGAGACGCCUAUCCAGUUGAAGUCCCAUUUACCUGUAUAAAUUUUAUUUAUAGAACUACUUUCAAUGGCUGAAUUCCCAAAGGAAUAAACAAGCAAACAUCAAAGGAAGGGAAAACACCUGAUCUGCGCUUUAGAACACAGAAAUAGCAAUAGUUUAUUAGUGACUAAAAGGUUUUGAAGCCGUGUUGACUCGUCGGUCGAUGCCAUCUUCAGGGCUAAAAAUAGAGACAGUAUGUUACUCCUAAACGUUGGCAUCUAUCAAGUCUAAACGGCGCCCAAAUGCAGAUAAUCACCACCACCAUCAAAUUCACAUCUAACCAGGAUAAAUAAAACUCUUGUCUUCAUGGCAAACAUCCAAUUUUCUGAAAGUCAACAAAACUUCUAAUAACUGCUGGUAGCUGUUAGGAAUGUAAACAAGCAGUCAGGAGUUGUCCUGGUUCUUGUCAGUCACGAAAAUACACACGUGAUACAACGGGUUCCACAAACUCUUCCCAGUCCAAAAAAAUUAUACUGUUCAGAUAACAAGUUAUCUGUGUUCGACUAGUCAAAUGGCCCUCAUUCUAUACAAAGGGAACGUCCAUUACUGUGUUCUCAAGAGCUCGCCGCAUGUCCACAUUAAUCCACUUUACUGCCAUUUUAAAAUUAUUAUCCAGUCUACACGUAGGACUUUAAAGUGUUCUCAUAUCUUCAAGUUUCCCUAACAACUGUUUACAUAUUUCUUAUAUCACCUAUGCGUGAUGUAUGUCUUGCUAAAAUCGUCUUCGAUCUGACCACCCUCUAAAUUGUGAAGCUCCUCAUCAUGUAUUUCUCUCCAGCCUCCGGAUACUUCCUCCCUUUUAGAGCUAUAUAUUGUCCUCAGCAUAGCAAAAUGUUCUCAAAUAUUCCGCCAUUAUAUAAAUAUAAACACGUGAAUGAAUAAAGACGCAAGGAAUAAUACAGCCUUCAUUCUUACACAUCUGAAUAUCUGACCCGUACUCUGAGAGAUCAGAUAUACAAUCCUGAGUGAUAAAUUU